AUUCCAAAGAUAGUAAUGAAAGCAGCUGGUUCCGCUCCCUUUUCGUCCACAAGGUGGAUCCCCGGAAGGAUGCACAUUCACCUCCUGUCCAAGAAAGAGACCAACCACCUGUACAAGAUCCAGUUCCAUAAUGUGAAACCUGAGUGCCUUGAUACUUACAACAGCUUAACGGAGCAAGUGCUUCCGAAGCUGCAUUCUGAUGCCGAUUACCCCUGCGACCUGGUUGGCAACUGGAAUACCUGGUAUGGUGAACAGGACCAGGCAGUGCACCUCUGGCGAUUCAUCGGAGGUUACCCGGCCCUCAUGGACUGCAUGAACAAGCUGAAACAGAACCAGGAGUACAUGGAAUUCCGGAAAGAGAGGAGUAAAAUGCUUCUUUCCCGAAGGAAUCAGUUGCUGCUGGAAUUCAGCUUUUGGAACGAGCCUCUGCCCCGAAGUGGGCCCAACAUCUAUGAGCUGAGAACGUACAAGCUGAAGCCUGGCACCAUGAUCGAGUGGGGAAAUAACUGGGCACGGGCCAUUAAAUACCGCCAAGAGAACCAGGAAGCCGUCGGCGGCUUCUUCUCCCAGAUUGGAGAGCUCUACGUCGUCCACCACUUGUGGGCUUACAGGGACCUGCAGUCUCGCGAGGAGACCAGGAACGCAGCCUGGAGGAAGCGUGGCUGGGAUGAGAAUGUUUACUACACAGUGCCUCUGGUUCGGAGCAUGGAAUCUCGGAUCAUGAUCCCCUUGAAGAUCUCCCCGCUGCAGUGAUCCUGUCUCCUUGUGCCUAGUGCUCUCUGUGCACCCGCCUCAGCAGUUACACAGGAAGAAAUGGUUUUUUCCAUAAGACCCCCCCACCCCAAUCUCUUUCCAUUCCCUUUCCAAGCUGCUCUCUCCCUUCUUUCUCAUGUCACUCUGGUUGGAAAACACACAAGUAUAUAUCCCCCCCCCCCAAAUGGAAACAGCGUUUGCUGAACUUUCCUGUCCGAUUUGAGCUAAGACGUCAUCCUUGCUCUGCUAAUGGGGUCGACGUGGAUGAACAGAGCAUACACCCGGUCCAUUGCUAUGGAUUGAGGGCCUCAUCUGGCCGGGUGCUGGAGGGCCAUUUUCAGAAUGCCAGAAGCACCUUUUGGAUCCUGGAAUGCGCUCGCUUUUAGUUUUGCUUGCACCUCUGCUCUGUGUCGCAAUCUUUUGUAGGGAGAGCAACCCAUCUCUGGUUCCUAUGCAGAGUCUUAGGUUUGCCCCCUUGAAGCUCAAGUCCCUCCUGCCACUGCAGGGCGCGCCAGCCAUUGUUAUUGACGAUUUUGCUCCAGGAUACAAAGUCCUCCCCAGCAUAGCAAUAUUUUCCUUUCCUACGUUGAGGUCCGAGUUGAAUCGCCAUGCUCUUCUGUUAAGGGCUUCAGGUCCAACUGCCCAAUGAUACGAAGCUCCAGAAGGUCACCCUGAACUCAGCAAGAGGAGGGGCCCCGUUGGCCUACUCCAGUGCAAGGAUUGAAGGAGACUUGUGUCUCGGUGCAAGGUUGUAUUGGAGAGAAAUUCUUAGUCAUUCCGUCUCCUUAUAUUUUCAUACUUGCUGUUCCAUGUGACUUCAGUUGCUUUCUUUCGCAAGUUCCUCCCAAGUCUAGAGAGAGUGUCGUCUGCUUACAGAGCUACACAGAAGCACGGCGCUUCCGUACGAGGCCCUGUGCUUUGCAGAGUUGUCUCAAAUGUGGCUCUUCUAGGUUCUCCCUUUUUUCACUUUCCGACUAGCCAGGAGCCAGUUGGAGUAACCAGAUAUCCAAACACAGAUCCUCCACUGGGCCUUGUCGAAAUGCCAAGGAAGCCAUCGGAGCCCAACUGUUUUCUCCCCUUCCCAAAAGCUUUUGGAAACUGAGUGGGCCGUUUUAAUUGCAGCCAAGGUGGGCCUGCCUUUGAGCACCCUCUCCAGCCCACUGUCCCAGCGGAGGUACGUGUCACAGGGUGGCGCUUUAGGAAUGCAUAACAAAAGUUGUUGCCCGCUUCCAUCUUCUCCCCCAGCUGGUUUCACCACGGUGGCCUGGUGGCCUCGUUGUGAAGCAAGAAAGCCUGGCCUCUGAGUGGAACAGGGGCCUCUUCUCUCCAGGCAGGGGUGUCACAAACAGCCUUAGCUUUUUGCAAGAGCUAUCAUGAUAGGUGGGAUCAUGAAAACGUGCUUGUCAAUAAACAGUGUUCUCCCCUUUGGAGGGACCUUGUAAAACUGUCUUGAACGGCAAAUACAAUUAAAAUAUUUAAUAUACCAAGA